CUCUCUCUCUAAAACGUCUCUCUCUUCUUCCUCUCUCUCUCUCUCUCAAACUAUCUACACGAAAAACUCAAAUACAGUGUUUCAAUACAAACUUUCGACAGAGCUCCCUCCCAUAUAUCUAAAUCAAAACCAGUAAAUUCAAUUCAUUAUUAGCCCUAAUGUAAUAUCCCCUUUUUGUGAAAUUGAAUUUUAUUAAUUCUUGUUUAUCCUUUAAAAAGUUCUCUUAAUUUCGAUCUCCAUUCUUGCCGUUCGUUCAGUUUUUUGUCUCUACCUAAACGAAUUUGUUUUGUUGUUAAUGGUACACUCUGUUACAGCCUCGAGAUUCUUCAGGAUAUGGCUCUCCAGAAAUACGUUCCUUCUGGCGAUGCUCCUUCUGUCAAUAUCAAAACAUUGCGAUUCUCCAGUAAGGAAAAUGGAAAAGGCCAGUCUACAGUCCAGCAAAGAAGAACAACAGAAGCUGAUGUGGACAUUGACAUCAGAGAGGUUUAUUUUUUGAUUAUGCAUUUCCUGUCAGCUGGACCAUGUCACCGGACGUAUGGGCAGUUUUGGAAUGAACUUCUGGAGCAUCAGCUUCUACCUAGAAGAUAUCACGCAUGGUAUUCACGGAGUGGAAUGCAGAGUGGAGAUGAAAAUGAUAAUGGCAUGUCUUUUCCAUUAAGUUAUAAUAAGCUGGUGGAAAGAUAUCCUCACAUUGAGACGGAUCACUUGGUAAAGCUUCUGAAGCAACUGAUACGAAGUUCUGCUGAUCCAUCACAAGGCUUGAUUGGUGGGAAUGCAAUAAAUGCAUCUGCUGUCCCGACUCUCCUCGGAACUGGUUCUUUUUCACUUCUGGCUAGUGAUCAAAAUAAGAGGGAUGGUCAAGUCAAACAUCCCCCAUGCCACUUGCGCUGGCCUCACAGGCUAGCUGAUCAAGUGCGUGGACUUAGUUUAAGGGAAAUUGGUGGUGGAUUUCCUAGGCAUCAUCGUGCCCCUUCUACUCGCGCUGCAUGUUAUGCCAUUGCAAAACCAUCUACUAUGGUACAUAAGAUGCAAAAUAUUAAAAGAGUCCGAGGGCACCGUAAUGCUGUUUACUGCGGUAUGAUUUCACCUUUAUUUCCCUUCUCUUUGUAGAUUUGAAGUGG